UCCGCGCCCCGCCCCGGCUGGUCCAGCCCCGCCUUGCACCAGGUUAAGAGCCCCCCAGAGCCGGGAGCUGUGGACAGAAGCGCACUCGUGGGGGACCAGCCAGUCUGGUUGUCAUGGCGACGGCGCGGUUGGCCUGGGCCCUACGGGCCACCUCCGUGGGAAGGCUGCGCGGUCCCCGAGGCCCUGGGGGUGCCCGGAGACUGAGCGGCAGCGCACGACGGCGGACGGCCAGGGGAGCCAGCCCGGGUCGCCGGCUCAGCACCGCCUGGGCCCCGGCCCAGCCCGCACGAGAAGGGCCGGAGGGCGCCGAGGACGACCUCCGCUCGCCUGCCGCGGAAGAGCAGGAGUGGACGCCGCCCCCGGCGCCCCCCGCCCCUCCCGACCCCCCGGGGCCCCCGGCCGGCCGCUCGCUGGUGCAGCGAGACAUCCAGGCCUUUCUGAACCAGUGCGGAGCCAGCCCCGGGGAGGCACGCCACUGGCUCACGCAGUUCCAGACCUGCUACCACUCUGCAGACAAGCCCUUCGCAGUCAUCGAGGUGGACGAGGAGGUACUCAAGUGCAGUAGCGCCGUAUCCAGCUUGGCCUUCGCCCUGGCAUUCCUGCAGCGCAUGGACAUGAAGCCCCUGGUUGUCCUAGGGCUGCCCGCUCCCACGGCGCCCUCCGGCUGCCUUUCCUUCUGGGAGGCCAAGGCACAGCUGGCCCAGAACUGCAAGGUGCUGGUGGAUGAGCUGCGGCACAACGCCGCCCCUGCCGUGCCUUUUUUCGGCGGCGGCUCGGUGCUGGGCGCGGCUGAGCCCGCCCCUCACGCCAGCUACGGCGGCAUCGUCUCCGUGGAGACAGACCUGCUACAGUGGUGCCUGGAGUCCGGCAGCAUCCCCAUACUGUGCCCCAUCGGGGAGACGACGGCGCGCCGCUCCGUCCUCCUCGACUCGCUGGAGGUGACCGCGGCUCUGGCCAAGGCGCUACAGCCCACCAAAAUCAUCUUCCUCAAUAACACAGGAGGCCUGCGCGACAGCAGUCAGAAGGUCCUGAGUAACGUGAACCUGCCGGCCGACCUGGACAUGGUGAGCAACGCCGAGUGGGUGAGCACCAAAGAACGGCAGCAGAUGCGGCUCAUUGUGGACGUGCUCAGCCGCCUGCCGCACCACUCCUCGGCUGUCAUCACCGCCGCCGCCACGCUGCUCACCGAGCUCUUCAGCAACAAGGGGUCCGGGACCCUGUUCAAGAACGCCGAGCGGAUGCUGCGGGUGCGCAGCCUGGACAGCCUGGACCAGGGCCGCCUGGUGAACUUGGUCAACGCCAGCUUCGGCAAGAAGCUCCGGGACGACUACUUGGCCUCGCUGCGCCCGCGGCUGCACUCUGUCUACGUUUCUGAGGGGUACAACGCGGCCGCCAUUCUGACCACGGAGCCCGUACUGGGAGGCACCCCAUAUCUAGACAAGUUUGUGGUGAGCUCCAGCCGCCAGGGCCAAGGCUCGGGCCAGAUGCUCUGGGAGUGCCUGCGGCGGGACCUGCAGACGCUUUUCUGGCGCUCCCGCGUCACCAACCCCAUCAAUCCCUGGUACUUCAAACACAGUGAUGGCAGCUUCUCCAACAAGCAGUGGAUCUUCUUCUGGUUUGGCCUGGCCGAUAUCCGGGACUCUUAUGAGCUGGUCAACCAUGCCAAGGGGCUGCCGGACUCCUUCUACAAGCCAGCUUCUGACCCAGGCAGCUGACCCUCACUGCCCGCCCUUCAGGCCCUGGGACAACCAGGGUGAAUCAAAGUCAUGCCUGCUGGAGGUGAUGAUCCCAGGCAGCCACAGGCUGGACCAGGCUUGAUGACUAAGUGAUCUGCAGAGAAGGAAGCAGCUCCUACUCUACUCUGCCCAGAGGGGGGCGCCCAAGAGGGGACAAGCCCAGAAAGAAGGGUGUGUCCAAGACAACCCCCACCCUCACCACUGGCUCCAUAACUAUAACCAGAUGGCCUUCCAUUUUCAGUCUAGAGAUUUGGGAAGCUAGGGUCAGGGGAUUGCCGGUUUGCCUUCUAGAGCUCUCCUCAGGGCCAACCUUAAAGGUGGUCCAGCCUCUGUGGCCUCCGUUCUGUUUUGAGGCUCCCUUAUCCGAAAUAUCACCCCCAUUUGCUUGAUAUUCCACCACUUACUUUAAUUCCUUUGGGUCUUACAACUUUUCAGGAGGCCUUGAUUAAAACACAAAUACUUGUCUGAGAGUCAGCUCACACUUGAAAGGAAACGAGCAGUGACCUUCUGGGAGCAAGAUCUUGAGGGCUGGAGAACCCGGGGGCUCCCAGAGGGAAGACAGGAGCUAAAUGAGAUGGAGUGCCUCCAAGAUGAAUGCUGUCACCAUCUCCUUCACCUGGGUGUCAGCAGCCCCCAGUGGGGCUCCCCUCCAUCCCACAGACCAGACUAACAGCAGCCCCAGCUCUCUUUCCAAGCAAGGCCCAGACUUGGAUGUUUUCCCCUAGACCCACUGGAGGCUGUCUCCAUCUGCUGAGAACACCUCAGCCAGCAGGAGUCCAAAGCCAGAGGUCUCAUUCCGCAUUUUUGACCCCCACGAUGUGCCAGGCCCCCAUGCUGGUCGCCAGGCUACUUUCAAUCAGGAGGUGCAUGGACAAGCAGGGAGAGGACCAUCGUGGCACAGCAGGGCCAUGACAGAACCAAACCCCAGGAGCAGCUUCUGACUUCCCUCAGAAGAGGGGUGACAGAGUGCACAGCUGUGUGUGGGCAUUAAGACAGGCCCGACCUGGAAUCCAGCUGUGGCUGCAUUUGCUCUGUGGCUUGAGGGAAGCUGCUCACCUUCUCUGAGCUUCUAUCUCCCCCAUCUGUAAGAUGUAAAAUCCUCAGAGUGGACACUUAAUGCUAGCCCCCCUGACCCCGCCAGCUGCCCUCACCAAAGAUUUCUUCAAAAGAAACCAGGAGGAUAAAAGGGGAGG